UCCCCAGCCCCGGAGCGGUCAGUGCGCAUGCGCCCUCUCGGUGCCGCAGUGCAUCCUGGGUCAGGCCAUUCAAUCCCAUCCGCGGUGAGCGGCGGGUCCGUGUCCGGGUGGAGACGGUCGAGUGUCGAGACUGUCCCGGAGACGCGUCCCGCCGAGUCGCUGCAGCUCGGCCCCGUUCGAGCCCAGCUCCAGCCCCGAGGUCAGCUUCAUCACCGAUCCGAGUCACCGUCAAGCUUCUGGAGGCCGCGACCGCAGUGUGUUCGGGAUGGAGGUAACAGAUUCACAAACCCCGCCGUCACAAACUCCUGACUCCACAGACAUCAACCCCUAUCAGUGUCCACACUGCGGGAAACGCUUCAAACGGUCGUGUAACCUUAUUGAACACCAGCGGGUUCACACCGGGGAGAAGCUGUUCAACUGCCCGGACUGCGGGAAGCGGUUUUCACGGUUAUCCACCAUGUUUACACACCAGAGAGUUCACAGCGGGGAGAGGCCUUUCAUCUGCUCUGAGUGUGGGAAGGAAUUCACUCAGUCAUCUCACCUAAUGAACCACCAGCGAAAGCACACCGGGGUGAUGCCGUUCACCUGCCCCGACAGUGGGAAGGGAUUCACCCGUUCACCUGAAGUGUUAACGCAUCAGCGUGUUCACAGCGAGGAGAAACGGUACGUCUGCUCUGAGUGUGAGAAGACUUUCACUCAGAUUAGUAACCUGAAGUCCCACCAGCGAGUUCACACUGGGGAGAGGCCGUUCACCUGCUCGGAGUGUGGGAAGAGAUUUAUUCAGUCCUGUCACCUGACAACGCACCAGCGAACUCACACCGCGGAGAAACCGUUCAAAUGCUCCGAGUGUGGGAAGGCCUUCAACCAAACAUCUUCCCUGUUGACACACCAGCGAAUUCACACGGGGGAAAGGCCAUUCACUUGCUCGGAGUGUGGGAAGAGAUUUAGUCAGUCCUGUCACCUGAUGACGCACCAGCGAACUCAUACUGCGGAGAAACCGUUCAAAUGCUCCGAGUGUGGGAAGGCAUUCAACCAAACAUCUUCCCUGUUGACGCACCAGCGAAUUCACACGGGGGAGAAACCGUUCAAAUGCACUGUGUGUGGGAAGGGAUUUAGUCGACGAAUUUACCUGGUAACGCACCAGCGAAUUCACACGGGGGAGAAACCGUUCAUCUGCUCCGAGUGCGGGAGGGGAUUCAAUCAACAGAUCAGCCUGAAGAAACACCAACAAGUUCACACGGGGGAGAAGCAGUUCACCUGUUCCGAGUGUGGGAAGGGGUUCACUCGGUCAUCAGACCUGGUGAAACACCAGCGAGCUCACACUCCGGACAAGGAUUGAAAAUGCCGUGUGUGGGGUAUAUAUCCACAUGCAGAGAGACCCUCUCGGGGUGAUGGAAUCUGCAGUUAAUGCAAAGUUGACGUGGGCUGUAUGGUUGUUACUUUUCCUGUAGUUUAAUUUUUAUGCUUGUUUUUAUUUUUAUGUAAUUACCUCUGUACGUGUAAUUGUUCUGGGGAUCACGGUUACAUUCGUGAAUGAAAUUGCAAAAAAAAAGCAGCAGGUGAAUUGGUAAAAGAAAUUUUAAAAAUUCAAAAAAAUGAAAUGAAGUACAGAGAGCAUCUGGAGAGAACUUGACAGAUGGAAAUUAUGGAAAUAGAGUUGAACACUAUCAUAGGCAAACAUACAGGGUACUUGAGAGAUGCAACCUCAAUGUUCCAACAAAGAAAAGUUGCUCUGGUUGGAGAGUGGUGGGAGAUUAAACAGUGACAGACUAAUAACUCCAACUAUCUGACUGCAGAUAAACAAUGGAGUGGACAGCAUGAUCAAUGGAUUCUGCUGCCCCCCACCCCCGGUCCAUUUUUGCAUCUACAAGUGGACUACGUUACCAAGGUAUCAACAUAGUGAACAAAUUUUCAAAGUAUUCCCACGAGGAAAGCCACAGCCAGACACAGCAACAACUAACCGAGGACUGUGUUUAGAGAUGGAGAUUGCCUCCUCACACUGACUCUGACCAAGGAACACAUUUCACUGGGAAUGUUUAUUGGGAAUUAUUGACAACUGAUGAACAUUGAACGGUCUUUCCAUUGUCCACAGCACCCAGAGUCAUCAGGACAAUCGAAUGAAUGAUGGAAUCACCAACAACGGCUGAGUGAGUAUCAUGAGGAAGGUUGAACCAAUAGCCUACGGCUCUUCCUGUCGUUCUGUGUGACAUCAGAGCAACCCCAAACGAGAUAAAGUCCAUUGGAGGUGGUAACAGGGUGACCCACGUCACUGCCGGGAGCUCUCCACCUCAGAGAGGCUGAUAAACAUGUUAUGGCAGAGAGUUUAACUAUUUUGUGAAGUUAACCCAAGAUGUGCCGUCCGCUUCCCAAAAGGUUUCUGCUGCUCGGAGUGAUCAAGCACCCAGGUUCCUGCUGAGAUUCCCGUACGGAACCACUGGGAGCUCAAUGAGAGGGUCCUUAACGAACGUUGUUAAUUACUAAUUUGGAUGUGAAAGUAAGUGAAUUCACGCGAGUCACUGCGAGUAAGCUGGAGUGGCUCCUGACAAAGACAACAAGUGCUGUGGUGAAUGUGCUGCCGCCUCUGCUGGGCAACAGUGGGGAAAUCAGUGACCGGCCAGAAGACUUGGUACAGAGUCGAUAACUACAGCUUAUUAUGGUGUUUAUUCGAAUAUUAUUUGUUGUUCUUACAUCUUUACCAAGUUUCCCUGCUCACAAUGUGCCAAUUCUCAUGACGCAAUGUGUACUUACGGGAAUUUGCAAUAAUAUGCUGAGACUUAAUGUCUCUAGUUGUUGGGUUUGCCAAUACCUUCCACAGAUUUCAAAAUGCAAAUACAAAUACUUUAUUGUCACCAAACAAUUGAUGCUAGAGCGUACAAUCAACACAGUGAUAUUUGUUUCUGUGCUUCGCACUCCCUGAAGUACAAAUCGAAGUAAAUAUAAUAAAAAUUUAAAUAAUAAUUAGAAAAUAGAAAAGGGAAAGUAAGGUAGUGCAAGUCAGGUCCGGAUAUUUGGAAGGUACGGCCCAGAUCUGGGUCAGGAUCUGUUCAGCAGACUUAUCACAGUUGGAAAGAAGCUGUUCCCAAAUCUGGCCGUACGAUUAUUCAUGCUCCUGAACCUUCUCCCGGAGGGAUAAAUAUUCACUGAUGCUAGGCAUUCCAGCAGUCCAGACAGUAUGCAACCCUUAUUAAAAUGUCCUGUUGUAACGGGAUGGUGGUAACCCCACGGCCAACCCUCCUCCGUUCACAGCCGCCCUCGUGUCCAUCCACAGUGGAGUUGGGAUAUCUCCACACCUGUAUCCAAUGUUCAUGAUAAAGCUAUGAAACCUUUCCAUGUGUUUACUACAAAGUUACCUUUGGCUUGAGUUUUAACAGUACCAUCCCAGUAGGGCCGAGUUUUAUGAAACCAGCUGCUAUCCCUCUCCGAUGUUAUUGGCUCACAUCUUGUUAUCUGGGUUCUGUUUUUUCUUCUAUGAAACAGACUUUAUCGUUACAUCCCGAGUCUAGAAUAAACGACAUGUUUCAGAA